CUUCUUUUUUAAGCCUCACCAUACUCGCAAAACAAACCAGAGUGAGUGAAGAUGAAGACGAUGAAAGGAGAAGUGGUGCUCAACAUGCCAGCCCAGAAAGCCUGGGAAAUGUACAGAAACGACGAAAUCAUCAGCAAAAUCAACCCCGAUUUGCUUUCCAGGGCUCAGUAUAUUCAAGGAGAUGGUGGCCCUGGAAGCUUGAGGCUCUUCAAGCUUGGCCCUGCUGUAAGCAAUUAUGUGAAAGAAUCAGUGGAGAAGAUAGAGAAGGUGGUGACGGGUAGGUCGGUGACAUACGAGGUGAUCGAAGGGGAUUUGAAGGAGAUGUAUGAUACUUACAGAGUUACUUUCUCCUUCAUUCCUAUUGAAGGAAACAAUACCAAAUGCAUUGCUGAAUGGAAGGCCGAGUUCGAGCCGUCGGCACCUGCCAUGCCGCCACCCGAGAAGGCUAAGGAUGCUGCUCUCCGAUUUCUCAAGUCCUUUGACAACUUUCAGCUAAGCUACUAGCACAUGAAAAUAUAAAAUGCAUGCACGUCCUCUCGU